AUGACUUAUUCACCGGAGUGUAUAAUCUGGAUGGUUGUGGGCCUGACUGAAUCUGUCACCAUAAUAGCUCUGAAUUCUUUGACAGUGAUUGCGUUUUGUAGAGACCGUAAUCUUCGUAAACGAUCAACGUACUUGGUGAUAAGCUUAGCAGUUGCAGAUAUGUUAUCCGGGGGAAGUUCUGCACUCAACUUCUUCGAUGAUGUUGGAGAGACAUGGAACCUUUGGAGGCACAAUAGAGCGUAUUGGUAUAUACCUCAGGUGUUCAUCCUCUGGUUUCCCGUUUGUUCGUUGACAAAUAUGACUGUUAUUUCUCUAGAACGCCUGAAUGCAACGUUUUGGCCCUUCAGACAUCACACGAUCAAAAAGUCAGUCUAUUGGGUUCUUAUAAUCGCCAUCUGGUUGACAACACUACUCUUUUGUGCGUUAACAAUGAAAUAUCACCAUGCAUAUAAAGAGGAUUAUUAUCACUACGCUUGGGGUUCAUUCAUCUCAAUUUGUCUUUUGGUCAUUUGUGUUUCUUACGUUUUUAUUUUUGUCAAGCUUCGCUUUGGAAAUCAGCCUCGACACCAUGGCGCGGCAAAUAGGGAAAGGAAACUGACCGUGACGUUGUUCACCGUGACUUCUCUCUCUCUUCUAUUGUGGCUGCCUUAUCUUAUAGCUAGUUUUCUGUUUUUUGCCGCUAACAUUUUAAGUUCAUUAUCUGAAACAGCGCUUUUCCAUUUAGAACGUUGUUCAGUGAUCUUGUUUUACGCAAACUGUUUUUUAAAUCCGAUAUUGUAUACUAUGAGAAUGCCAGGCUUUAGGCGAGCUUUAAAGUUAUUAUGUCGCCAACGACCUCAGGCAAACAGACAGGUUGAGAUCAUUCCCCUCGGUGAGAUUAACCCACAAAUUUGA